CAGGUCUGUUUGUGCAGUGCAUGCUGGGUAAGCCAGAGCAGGGAUGAUACAACUUGUUGGAUGAGUUGAACUGACUGAACUUGCAGCAGAGCUCACACAGAGCUCCUUCAGGUAAAGGUGAGUUCUCCUCACCUGUCAGCAGAAGAUGGCGGCAGCAGAGUCCAGCCCUCUCACCACUCACGUGCUGAACACCGGCGACGGCGUCCCGGCCGCCCGGAUGGCCCUCAGUCUGCACCGGCUCGACUCACAGCUCAUGAUCUGGAACAUGCUGAGUGUCGGGACAACGAAUAAAGAUGGCCGCUGCGCAGGACUCGUCAGCGGAGGAGCGCUCAGCCCCGGGAUGUACAAGCUGCGCUUUGAGACGGGUUCAUACUGGGAGAGUCUGGGUCAGACCUCCUUCUACCCGUAUGUAGAGGUUGUGUUUACCAUCAGUGCCCAGGAGCAGAGCUUCCACCUCCCUCUGCUGAUGACUCGGUUCUCCUACAGCACCUACAGAGGAAGCUGAGAGCAGCUGCACGCUCUGCAGCAGCACAAGGAGACGAGAGGACGUCUCAUGGUUUGGAUUUAUCCAAUCUUCAAAAAAAUCACAAUGAAAUCCAGUGGAUCAAGAAAAACAAGAUGGAACAGAAGUGCAUUCCUGUAGUGCUUUUAUUUUACAUCUGCAUCAGGAAGAAUGUAAACAGCAGCAACACAGAUUCUCUGGGCAGAUCAUGUGACUACAUAUUAAAUGCAACAUUUACAUCUCUUUGUGUGAUAUGUCAUGUUAUUACUCAUAACACUGCAAACCUAGCUAUUCUUUUAGGAAAAAUAAUUGUAAUACAUAUCCAUGUAAACCUCUGAUUUAUUCAUUUUUCAAAGAGACUGAUAUUGAAAGUUUUAUAGAUUCGAUAUGAAGAGUAUUUCAAUUGCUAUUUCUAUUUCAAUGUAUUUUAAAUGAUCAUUUUAAGAAGGUUUUUUUCAAGCAGAAAUUACAAACAUUUGCUGGAUUCCACAUCUUCACUGUCUUAAAUGAUAGUAAAUUAAAAAUAGACGGGUUUUGGAUGUUUGAUCAGAAUGAAUCGCCUUGAAGACCAUACCAUUAACUCUAAGGAAUUGUGAUGGAUUAUUUUUACUAUGUUGUUGUUGUUGUUAUUAUGUAGGUUGAAUAGAUCAAAUUAUUAAUUGAUAAAAUAAUCAACAAUAGUCUAACAGAACAAACCAAAAAUAAUUUCAAUGUAAUAAAUUUGACCUCUGACAUUUAUUUGUUGUUCUUUAUUCUUGUCUUUUAUUCCUUCUCACAAACUGAAACAUGUAUUUUUAAUAUGUUAUUAUCUUGUUGAACUGUUAUAUUAUGUAAAAAUGUUUACAUAUCAGGUGGAAAACGCACAGUCAUCCUAUGUUUUGGUAACAGCAAAGAUGCUCUGUUACGUGAGGCUGAACAAAGCACGUGAGCUCUGUCUCAGCCAAUGAGAGAAGGUUUGCGGUGAGGA